AUGAGAGAGAUCGUUCACAUUCAAGCCGGUCAAUGUGGAAAUCAAAUUGGAGCGAAGUUCUGGGAAGUGAUCUCCGAUGAGCACGGGAUCGACCCAACUGGCGGAUACGUUGGAGACUCGGAUCUGCAACUUGAAAGGAUCAACGUCUACUACAAUGAGGCUUCAGGAGGAAAAUACGUUCCCCGAGCCUGUUUGGUCGAUCUUGAGCCCGGCACAAUGGACUCGGUGAGAGCUGGACCCUUUGGACAACUCUUUCGGCCAGAUAACUUCGUUUUCGGUCAAUCCGGUGCUGGAAACAACUGGGCAAAGGGGCAUUACACAGAGGGAGCUGAACUCGUCGACAAUGUGCUUGAUGUAGUGAGAAAAGAGGCUGAGAGUUGCGAUUGUUUGCAGGGCUUCCAAAUGACGCACUCGCUUGGCGGCGGCACAGGAUCAGGGAUGGAUUUAAACCAUCUCGUGUCGAUGACGAUGAGUGGGGUGACCACUUGUCUUCGUUUCCCUGGUCAAUUGAAUGCCGAUUUGCGAAAAUUGGCUGUGAACAUGGUACCGUUCCCGCGUCUCCAUUUCUUUAUGCCCGGCUUUGCUCCACUUACAUCAAGAGGAUCACAACAAUAUCGAGCCCUGACUGUACCCGAGUUGACCCAACAAAUGUUCGACGCCAAAAACAUGAUGGCCGCCUGUGAUCCAAGACACGGACGAUAUUUAACCGUUGCCGCAAUGUUUAGAGGAAGAAUGAGUAUGAAGGAAGUCGACGAGCAAAUGCUAAACGUUCAAAACAAAAACUCGUCCUAUUUUGUGGAAUGGAUCCCGAACAAUGUCAAGACUGCUGUGUGCGACAUUCCGCCAAGAGGAGUGAAAAUGGCGGCAACUUUUGUCGGCAAUUCAACCGCUAUUCAAGAGCUCUUCAAACGAAUUUCCGAGCAAUUCACAGCGAUGUUCCGGCGAAAGGCUUUCCUUCAUUGGUACACCGGUGAGGGGAUGGACGAGAUGGAGUUCACCGAAGCCGAAUCGAACAUGAAUGAUCUUGUUUCCGAAUAUCAACAAUAUCAAGAUGCCACUGCUGAUGACGAGGGAGAGUUCGAGGCCGCUCACCACGAUGUUGAG